AUGGCUUUUUCCUGGAAAUGGUUGCCAGAGCAAUGUCUGAGGGACCAGAACUAGACAAUGACUUGUCGACUAAAGUCCAUCUCUGGCAGGUGGAGCUGAAUGAGAACGAAGGGGCUUGGGGCCGACUGGGUGCAGAGGAAGACCCCAGGAUUCUCAGUGCACUGAUGUGGUGCUGGCUGGAACAUCUCAGGGAGCCAGUGCUGAGACCAGACGAUGUGGUGGCACUGUUGACAAAACCAACAGACAAGCAUAAUCUGUGGGGUUUGGAAAAGUGCCAGGAAGAAACAAUAAACUGCAUCUUGGAUUGCAUCAGUAAGUUUACUGGAUUGCCCUCUGCAUUGGAAGAUCCCAUAAUCCGCAGGUUGAUCCAAGCACUGACUCAGAACAGAGAAGAGAACACGGCAGAAUUUACGGCGUUGUCGCAAAAGCUGAAAAUAAUCAUCAGGGAGAAACAUUCACAUUAUCUCUUCAAUAAAGGUGUAGUGAGAACAACAACUUUGGUGAAGCUAUCUUCACAUGCAAAGAGAAAAUGAAAACAAAAUCUCCAUCUGAAUUCUACAAACCUUUCCAGCUGAUGCCACAUAGAACAGGAAUAUCUGGCACUUCGUUAGACUACAGGGUGGAGGAAAAGGCAAGGUGGGUGGUUAUGAGUAAUGGUAAUGCAGCGAAAUAGGACAGAUGCCUUCAAGUAGAAGCCAUUCACAAAAGGAAACAGAUAAGGAAUGACAAUGGCAUUUUUGUUUUAAAUUUCUUUAAGCUAACAUCCUUGUCAAUGUUUGAGCCUUUGGAUUAGUGGGAGCAGUUGGACCUCUGUAUCAGAAUGUAUAGGGUUUAAAUCCUUUCCAAGUAGUUCAAGUGAGUUGGUAUUACCUCUCCAGCUCUGAAUUCUGGGUUUGCAAGCAAUGAGUCAGGCGAUUGAUGAUGCCACAUCUCACCCCAAUAUCUUGCAGUAUGUCUACUCCUCACCACCCUGGUGUGGUGACUGGAUAAGGAUAGUUACAGCCAUAGGUGAAGCAGGAUUGCAUAGACUGAGGUUGCUUUGAAAAAGGAGUAACAUUGCAUGGGAAUCCAUUAUGUCUGUCACUUUGUGCUUUACACUGUAUUUCAAUUGUGCUGUACUCAUCCUGGGAAUAGUUGUUGGGGUGGUGUUGAGGGAAUUUGCACUAUUUGAAUUGUACUGUACUCCUGGGAAUAGUUGUUGGGGUUGUUGGGGUGGUGUUGAAGCAUUCACACUGUGUUUAACCUCUGCUCCACCUGGAGAUAUGGCACAGAAACAGGACCUUCAGCCAUCAAGUAUGCACCAGCCACUGACAACUCAUUCACAUGAAUCCUGCAUUAAUCCCAGUUUUUAUUCUUCUCAUACUGCAAGGAGAUAAUCAGUGAGAAUUUAUUUUUUAUAUUUAUUUAGAGAUACUGGGUGGAAUAGGGACUUCAGGCCCUUUAGCCACACUACCCAGCAACUCCUAACUAAUUUACAAUGUCCAGUUAACCUACUGGGUACACCUUUGGGCUGUGGGAGGAAACUGUGGCACCCGGAGGAAACCCACACAUUCUGUGGGGAGGACAUCGGGAUUGAAUCCUGAACUCCAACUCCGAGCUGUAAUAGUGUCGCUCAAGCCAACUGCUAUGCUAC